AUGUCUCUUUCAUUUGACAUGUCCUGGAAUCUCGAUAUAUCUGGGCUUCCUAAUUUUCUUUUGCAAUUCAGUAACCACUCUCAAUAUUACACCACCGAUGAUGGCAGACCUUGGGCUAGCACGUAUGAUGGCGGUACUACUAGUAACGCAAACUGGAAUUCCUCGUUUCUCCAGCCGCUCCAAGCUAAAGGGACUGUGGUGAUUAGAUUGGGAGACUGCAUGGCCACAGCAGGAACUACUGUUUUAAACGUCAGCGAUAGUGCGGAUUCCUUUCUGAUACAAGAUGCAUAUGAAACUGGCAAGGAUUAUAUGAUGCGUAAGCCUUCGCAGCAUCAAAUUGUUUACCCCACAAUAUGCGCUAUGCUAGGAAACUGA